UUAAAAAAAUCCGUUGUGUUUUUAUUGUUAUCGUGAAAUAUCGUGUUUUUACGCAUUUUACCUAUAUUAAUUAUAAUUUUAAGUGCAAAUAUGGCUUCUUUCGAUUUAAACGCAAUAAGUUCAGCAUUAAAUGACCCAGGAAGAACUGUGAGCGGUGUAGAUUUUUCCGGAAGAUCGCUAAAAUUGGACACCGAGCAAGAUGCGAAACCGAUCAUCGAUGCGAUCAACGCAUGUCCUAAUCUCCAAUACCUAACACUUACGGGUAACACGCUGGGUGUCGCCGCCGCGAAGGCGAUCGCUAAAGCUCUAGAGAAUCACCCAGAGUUGAAGACAGCAAGGUUCUCUGAUAUGUUUACGGGACGGAUGAAGACAGAGAUCCCGCCAGCGUUGUCAGCUCUAGGCGACGGUAUGAUACAAGCAGGCGCACGGCUCAUAUCACUAGAUCUAAGUGACAAUGCGUUUGGACCUAUCGGCGUGGAAGGUCUAGCGAAACUAUUGCAGAGUGACGUGUGUUCGCAACUACAGGAGUUACGACUAAACAACAACGGUUUAGGUAUAACAGGCGGACGGUUAUUGGCCAAAGCCCUAUCAGCUAGUCCAAAGAAAUUAAAGAUAUUCAUAGCUGGUAGAAAUAGACUGGAGAAUGACGGGGCUACUGCGUUGGCUGGUGUAUUUCAGAACAUGGGAACACUAGAAGAGGUAGCGAUGCCUCAAAACGGUAUAUACCACGUGGGUAUAGCUGCCCUAUCUGAAGCAUUUAAACAGAACCCGGGCCUGUCUUGUUUAAAUCUAAACGAUAACACCAUUGGACCGAAGGGUGCUGCGGCGAUUGCUAUGGCGCUGCCAAAGUUGAAGAAUUUGAAAUCAAUCAAUUUUGGCGAUUGUUUGUUGAAGAGCAAAGGCGCCAGCGCACUCGCUAAGGGAUUGAAGGAACAUUGUGUGCAACUAGAGUCACUAGACAUCAGUCACAACGAAAUAGGCAGCAACGCUUGUAUGGAGGUGGUCGAAGCACUGGGCUCUCUGCCUGAUUGUACUGAACGCUUGAGCAGAGUGGUGUUGGCCGGUAACAGUCUAGGCGGUGCAGCGAAUAAGAAAACUAUAAGGGACAAACUGGGUCCGUCUGCUGAGUUGAGCGACGGUGAAGGGAGCGAGGAGGAAUACGUAUCGGACUCGGAUUCGGAAGAAUCAGACGAAUCCGAGGACAAUUCUGAAGACAGUGCAACAGAGGACGCACAGCACAUGGACACAGUUAGCGAUAUAGUGCGAGAUGUGAUUCUGGACGAUUCUGGCGUAGAAGAAGUUGAAUCGGAUGUGGGUAGAUUCAUAAAAGAACCAACACUGGAAAACCUACACAAGUUAGGACCAGACGCGGCCAAACUUAUUGAUGUUCAUUUUCAGUCGAUCCACGACCAAGAGAGCCUCAUACAAGCGUAUGUAGAAGCCCUGUGUUGUGUGUCCGGUUUGUCCAAAGAGAGUCCGACAGCGGCGCGAGUUGCAAGGGACCUGUGUCCCAUGCUGAUAGCAAGGGCUAAACAGCAGUGGUUGUUAGCUAAUACUGUUCUAGCGGCUCUGCAGUUGAUAAAGUCAGAAAACAAAAACUACAAAAUACGAUGGAGCGUGCCGCCAUGCUACAGCAUCAUCGCAUCACAAAUAGACGCUACAUACUUUCCCGCGGCUUUGCGUGACACAUUACGGUUCUUUAUAAGUAGCAAAUUGGAAGUUUUGGCGCCAGAAGUUAGAGCGGCGGUCGAAAUGUACCCUAAUUUGUAUACUUGAAUAAAAUUUUAAGGAAUA